AUGGCGGACAAACUAGCACGAGCUAAGACUGAGCCUUCUGCUAUGGUUUAUGUUGAUUCAAUUCCCCCGAGAUGGCUCUCGAAGAAGAGGUCGGAGAUUGACGAAAGCAUGUGGUCGAGUCACAAGCCGUGGAUACCGAGGCCAAUGCUGAGCGUGCAUGUGCGUAUGGGAGACAAAGCUUGCGAGAUGAGAGUCGCAGCUUUAGAAGAGUAUAUGCGUUUGGCUGAUAGGAUCAGAGAACGGUUUCCGGAGCUCAACAGGAUCUGGCUCUCUACGGAGAUGAAGGAAGUUGUGGACAGAAGUAAGGAGUAUGGUCAGUGGAGAUUCUAUUACGUGGAAGUGGCAAGACAAGUUGGUAAUAACUUGAUGGCUGAGUAUGAAGCUAUCCUUGAGAGAGAGAUGAGCACGAACUAUCCUCUUGUUAAAUUUUUGAUGGCGUCAGAAGCUGACUUCUUCAUCGGAGCUUUGGGCUCCAUUUGGUGUUUCCUCAUUGGUGGUAUGAGGAAUACCGGUGGUAAACUCAUGUCCGGUUUUCUCAGUGUCAAUAAAGACCGGUUCUGGUAA